AUGUGGUGGUGCUUCGGCCGGAGUCGGCCGGCCUGGCGGAAGUUCGUCGUUUCUUUUCCCUCGGUGUCCGCCGCCCGUUCGCGAUGCCGCGGGCAAGCCCUGCCGAGACGCUGGCUCAGCAGCCAGCCGGAUUUGCGCGAGUUGUUCGCGAGACCGGCACUUCAGCGCUUCCUGGACCAGCAUUCCCGGCCAGAAGAGCAACCUGGCGGCUUCCGCUCGGCAUUGGCAGCGCAGAUUCGCCUCUUGAGAGACAAGGAAGAGGAGCUGCGUGAGACGGAGCGCUUGGCACGAGAAGAUGAAAAUGAAGAUUUGCGGAAGCUUGCAGAAAAGGAAGUUAUUUCCUGUCAGGAAGAGAUAGAAGAAUUGAGAUAUCAGAUAGUAUCACUUUUGAUUCCUUCAGAGAAAAUUGACAAAAAUGAUCUUGUCAUAGAGGUGACUGCUGGAGUUGGAGGGCUGGAAGCAAUGUUGUUCACUGCUGAGAUGUUUGAUAUGUAUGAACAGUAUGCAGCAUAUAAAAAUUGGACUUUUGAUAUUCUGACAUAUGCUUCCAGUGUUAUAG